GCUGGAUUGUGUAUGCUACAUGAGUUUCACACACAAUACAAUUUCUGCAGCCCAACGCAGUCUGCUUCGAGUUCAGCUCCGCGAUUUGGCCGUGCACUCUGCGCUUGCAAAUCGCUCGAUUCCGGUUCGUUCUUCAUUCAUUCAUUCAUUCACGAAUGCUAUUCCGAGACAGUCCACCACUACACUAUUAUUACAAAAUUGAUCCCGAACACUUUGCUGGCAGAUAUAGACUCAGAAGAAAACUGUAUCGGUAGAUGGUGACUUCCUCCUCAUAAUUUAGCAGACCUAUGUAGUUGUCAGUCAUCAAGUACCAAGUUUUCAAAGACACUGCUAGAAGAUUGAGAUACCAGACCAACUGCAGACAUCUAUUACCAUGGCAACGAUGGAAGGCCUUCUGCCUGGGCCAUCAUCAUCAUCUUCAUCCUCAUCGUCCUUAGGAGCUAAACGCAAGCUACCAGUGGAGUGGGAGCUGAGAGAUAGAACAGAGCCAGGAGCAUUGGAUUUUGAUAAAGACAUGAACAUCCUAUGUCAGGUAUGCGGAGACAAGGCAUCAGGCUUUCACUAUGGAGUACAUUCAUGCGAAGGCUGCAAGGGUUUCUUCCGCAGAACUGUCCAGCACAACCUAACCUACCGCCCCUGUCCGAAUGGAGGAAAGUGUGUGAUACAGAGAAAGAAUAGGAACCAAUGUCAAUCAUGUCGACUCAGGAAGUGCAUCCUUAUGGGCAUGUCCAAAAAUGCUGUUCGUUUUGGAAGGAUGUCCAAACGAGAGAAGAUGAAACUGACUCAGGUGAUGAAGGAGAUAUCAAACAAGAGCAAUGAUAUCACUGUCAGGGAUGAUAAACCCCUUGACCUGAGCCGACCUCCGAGCCAAGAAGCUAUGGUUGCUAGCGAGGAUGGGCCCCUAGCAACCACAGAGUCUCAGCAGUGUGCAAUAUCAGACGUUGUAGAACGAGAUGUAAAGGGCAGCUUGGAGGAUAUGAAAGAUGUGGGGAGGGAGCCCAGUAAAAGUAAUGACAGAGUGCAGUGUAAACCUGAUUGGUCAUCAUCUAAGACAAGCAUAAAAGAUGUUGCAGAAGUGAAACACAAUGGUAGAUGGGGUGAGUGCAAUGGAAGGAAUGGUUCUAGUUUUGGGAAGGGUGUGCAAGACAUUCAUAUUAAUGAGAAAAAGACAAGCAUCCAGGACUUGCUUCUGACCCAGUACUGUAGCGGUCAAAUGAAUGGCUACAUCCCAAACAAUGGACUUAAUGGCAUGCAGGGUGGUGUCCAGCGAAGCAUCAAGGUUGAAAGAGACAUUCAAAAUGAAUGCCAUGGUUACCCAGCACAUCAUCCUCACCUUACUGAAAGGAUUUCAUCAGUUAUCAAGAAGGAAGAGCAAACUCCUACUUAUCAUGACUUUGAUCACAUGACAUCAGACAAGAAGCAAUAUCUCUUGCCUAGACGUAAACAGAUUGCACGCUUACAUCACGACGAAGAAGUCAGAAGAAACCACCAGAAUCUUACCAACGGUUACCAUGGGAAUCCGUAUCCCAACCCUCACUUUCAUCAGAUGCCAGAGAAGUUACAGAAUAUGAAUCUUGGGAGUAUUAAAUCUCCACCCAUGAAUGGACUGUAUGACAAUGGUGUUCAUCACAGCUUUGAAGCCAGGUUAAGCAAUACCAAGCCACACUUAGACCUGAAGAAUGGCUUCAACCAUUCCAAGGUACAGAACUCUGGAGUCAAUCCAUAUCAGAAUGGAAGGAUACCCAACGGCUGCAGCACGGAUACCACCAGACUGUCCUACCACCCUGAGGCCACUCACAGGAACAGACUAAGAGCUCCUAGACUCCUCGGCGGAGGGCAUAAUCCUCACAUGCUUCAUGUCCUGCAAGGUAUGGGUCUGGUAGAUUCCUUGAGCAAGGCCUACUGUACAGAGAUUGAUGCUCAGUUCUCAAGUCUAGAAGAGAUCCUUAGAGUGGCCAUCAAGAAACAUCUACGCAGUGAACAGCAUCUACAUGCAGCUGAUGGCAAAGAGACGCACGGUUCCACUGGUUUAUGCGGACUACCCUUGGAGUUAUCAGUAGGAGACAAAGAGGAUGCAUUCUGUGAUCGGUUCGCACCUAUCAUCAGCCGGAUUGUGAGCUUUGCCAAAGCUACAGAAGGCUUUGAAGACAUCCCACAUGAAGACCAGCUGACACUGUUAAAGGCCGGCUGUUUUGAAGUGCUGCUCCUACAGCUGAGUCAAAUCCUGGACCCAGAGAGUGACUUCAUUGUGUUCACUAAUGGCGAGAAGUUUCACAGAGGUCUUCUCCAAAAGUCAGAUGUUGGAGAUUUAGUUCUUGCGUUGUCCAAGAUAGCCUCACAACUCAACCAGCUUAACCUAUCUCUGCCAGAGAGGGCGCUGUUACAAGCUUCUAUAUUAGUAGCAUCAGAUCGUAAAGGUAUCCAGAGCGUGGAUGAGGUACGCAGCCUCCAGACGCACCUUCUGGGUGUCCUAGAGAAGUUCCUCUAUGCUACACAUGCUCCUGAUGCUCUCGUGUUCCACAAGUGUCUACAGGUAGUCCUAGAUCUAAGGGUUCUUAACCUCAAGUACUCAGAGAAGCUCCUGGCCCACCAAAAGGACUAGCCUAGUCAUGUUCCUGGACAACCAUAUAGAUCUGACUGGUCUUGGCCCAUCAAAUAGACUAGCCUAGUCAUGCUCCUGGUCAACCAUAUAAAUCUGACUGGUCUUGUUCUUGCCCACCGGAUAGACUAGACUAGUCUUGUUUCUGGCCCACCAUGCAGACUAGACUGGUCUUGUACGUGGCCCAUCAGAUAGACUAGACUGGUCUUGUUUCUGGCCCACCAUGCAGACUAGACUGGUCUUACCUUUGGUCUGUCCAAAUGACUAGUCUGUUAUUGAAGUAGAUGUGCAUAUGAAUCAGGAACAAAGUAAACUCUGUAUUUAUUUCUCUGUGUGGUUUCAUAGACUGCUAUACUACAAGGAGGUUCUUUUUCCACCUUGUCAUGUGAAUAACACUACGGUAAUCUACUGAUGAAUACUACAAACAUACUAUUAUACUCAAUUUUACAAUGACUGCCAAGUAUAUGAAACUUUCUUGCCCACCUAAUGUAUUUUUAACUCAUUGGAAAUACAACUUUCUUAUUCUAAAGUAGCUAUUUACUUCCCAAGUAUUUGAACCCAUUUUAUAUAUACAACUCUAUUACAUUGGCCAUAUUUAAGGAUUUUAUUGCCGGCCAGAUAAGGUUAUAUCUUCAUUUAAGUUUAUUUAUUGAGAAAAUCACAUCCUUUAUGAGAAGACUUAACAUGUAUCUGGAUCCUAGGCUUAUAAAGAGAAAAGCAAGCUCUAUACAAAUGGUUCCUCAAAUGUAGCAAGAUAUGUUUGAUUUUUUAUGUUUAAAUCCCAAGUUUCACAGUUUGCCAUUGUGCACUAAUUUCCACCAAUCUGUAGUAUCUGCUACCUAAAUGUAAAAUGCCUUAUAAAGGUAGUUGACAUACCAAAGAUAAUAAUUUGCCUUUUGUGCUUACUUUGUAGAACAACAUGGUUAUGAAUCAGUGUUUUCUAAAAUAGUAUUCCAAAAAUGAAUGACAAAUGAUUAUGAUAAAUGCAGUUGAAAUUAAUUAAUUUUAGUAUCUUUCUUUUGUGAUGUGGAAAUUCCAUUGAAGUGUAUCAUAUUUUUAGUUGGAUCUGUUUGUUUAAAAAACUAUAUGAAAAGUAUUUGAUAUAUUUCAUAAUGUGCUUACCCUUAAGCUGCCAAAAAUACCCUAUGCUGCCUGUGAACAUGUGCUGCUCAAAUAUUUUGUCUGCUCUAAGUCUGUGCAGUUUCAAAGAUAGUGUCAUUUAUUUUUCGUCAAUUUGCUUUCAGUUGUAAAGGCAGAGAUGAAAACCAAGUCUAAAAUGCAAUACUGUUAAAAAAUGAAACAAAAAUGCAGUGGUUUUCUAUGAUGAAUAGUCAUCUUCCUUCCAACAUGCGUGAACACUGCUAAGAUAAAUUGUAAUUUGCUGCCUAUUUUAAGUAGCUCCCUCUACUGCUUUGUUUUUUAUGUUGUUCAUGACGAGUAUCAUCAUAUCAGAUCUGGACAAAAAUUAGAAACAUUUUAAUUUGUUUAUCUAUGAUAUGCUGAUGU